CGGGAGCCUCUCACGGAGGACUGCGGGCCCUUUAAGGGUUAUGUAGCGGGGCAGCCGAUAUAGGACGAGCCGACCGUCCGCCUGCCCGCCUGCGUCCCGCUGCCUCCAUCAUGGCCUCCACACCGCCGCCACCGACACCACCCAGCAUGCAGCGACCAGCCAGCGGCCCUUCCCUUCCCGGAGCGGAGACGGACGUCAAGCCGAAGCAGAGGCACCGGUAGAGGCGAGCCGCGCCGGGGAGAGCCGCCUCACAUCCCGCCCCCCCGGUCUGCUCCAUGCCUCCGUCUAAAGCCAAGAACAGCGAUUCGACACAGAGGGGCGCGAACCCGGGCGGCGGCGGCGGCGGCGGCGGCGGAACCAUGACCACGGACAGGGAUUACUCCGUUAAUCUGUCGGUGCAGCAAGUGCUGAGCCUUUGGGUGCAGGGCACGACGCUGCAGCACUUCACAGAGAUGUGGUACUGGGUGUUCCUGUGGUGUCUCUUCUCGUCGCUCUUCGUCCACGGGGCGGUCGGCCUGCUCAUGCUGGUGAUGCUGCAGCGCCACAAGCGAGGCCGCCUCAUCACGCUGGUGCUGGUCAGCGUGGGCUUCCUGGCCUCCCUGUCCGGAGGCGUCAUCACCAGUGCGGCAGUGGCGGGAGUUUACCGCGUUGCAGGGAAGGACAUGGCGCCGCUGGAGGCGCUGGUGUUCGGCGUCGGUCAGACCACCCUCUCCGUGGUCAUCUCCUUCUCACGCAUCCUGGCAACCCUGUGAAGAAACCCGACGCGAGGGCAGAGCGAGCGAAUCGAGCCGACCACAGACUUAAAGCCGGCUUCGGCGGAGCGGGACGAGGCAGAAACGCUCCGGACCUUUGGGGCUGGAUGCAGGACGGAGCGCCCCCCAGUGUCUCUGCACCGCUACUGCCACAAUCACAGCUCGGCGGGAACCUGGAGGCCGGUCCAGGCUCAGCUGCUGGACUUGAAAGCCAUUUUUCUGUCUCCAGAGUUCCAUCAGUUCUUCGUGCCAAAAGCCUUCUCCGGGACACCCAGACGCCUUCGUGGCCAUUUGUGACUCCUGAAGGCUUCUGUUGGAGAAAGAAAUCUAUUUUUUAAACAGUGACGACACGUAAUCAUGAACAAAGCCGACGGUGUUUAGGGAGCGUUCAUCAGCAGAAACACCAGUAUUAACUAUCACCUCCUUCCUUCUCCCCAAGACAGCUUCAGAAGCUGCAGCAUCAAACUCAAGAGCAAGAAGAAGCUUUGGAAGUUUGCACUUUGUAAAUGUUGGCGAAAUCAGUGGAGGGGGAGGAGAAAACCAGCAGCAGUGCUACGUCUGCUUUGUCCUGAUGAAAUAUUGAUUUAUUGUGUGCCAACAACGAACUUAAGGGAAAAGUUUGGGUGAUCUGCUCGGUCGCUUUCUCUCAGAGAGUUCCAGCUGCAGUAGGCAGAAAUCAGCAGAAAGAAAGGAAUCCAGAAACAUGCAGCCCCGUUUCUCUCACCUCACCAGACACGUAGGACUUCAAAGAUAGUGGAGCUAAAAGUCAGCAUUCACAGUGUUUUCACCCAGAUUCAAACCCAACGGCUCCCCGUUCUUACUUUGGACCUUGUUGUUAUUUAUGUUGUGGAGGUUUUGAUCAAUAUCUGGUCCGAUCAAGGCUUUUUUUUUUUUAAUCUUCUCAGCAUGAACCUAUUCUUUGUUUACAUCUGCUGUCAAACAAGUAAAAGGAGAGCACGAAUCGUAGACGGACCAUAGGGACGCAAAUUUAAACGGUUUCUCAAAACUAUAAUCUACAGCGUUAUUAACCGACAAUAAUCAAUAACACAAGUUGAACACACUGUAGCCGUGUGCUGAUGUUGCUGUUACAGUCAGCGUGCAUGGGAUGUCGGAUUUCUUACGUACGCUACAGGCCAAAAGUUUGGAAGCAACUUCAAGUUUCUGUUCACGGUGGGAUGUGUUUACUGCAUGAUCAGACUUUCACUGGUGAGCACCGUUGUCCUCCGUUUACCUCCAGGUGUACACUGAUGUUACCACAAUAAACACUUUUUUAGUUUUAGGGUUGAGAAGAUUUGCAAGAGUCACAACUUCAGUGCAAAAGU